AACCAUUCUCGUCUAGUGCCUUGGCGUCCGAGGAUCCGACGUGUCGGAGUAUAUACUCGACGUGCUUGACGUGCUCGAGUAACCGAUGCCUCCCUGAAGUCUACGGAAACCUUCGACUCGCGACCUCCUGCCCGCCCCACCGGCCACUGCCACGAUGCCCGAACUCUUUAUGCCCACACCCGUCGCACCCCCGCAACACCCACCACGGAGUUCCCUGACGCAAUCACAAUUACCCCUACCGCAACCCGUACCGAUCAUCACCACCGCCGCGAAUGGCAUCACAACGACCCGGCGCAUGUCCACCUCCGAACCCCGAAAAAAGCGGCACGGAUCGAGCUCACAUCAACCCCGUCGGCGGGCGGCAUGGAAAAAGCUUCUAUGGGUGAAGCAAGAUUAUCCCGACAACUGGGUUGACCCAACCUUCCUCAAGGACUUGCAGCGGAACAUCAACGUGCACCCGUACGACUUCUACUCGCUGGUGGCCGAGAGUACCGUAGUCGUGCAGCACCUCGCGAGCGCCGUCAUCUUCGUGACGAGUUUCGUGGCCAUCUACAUUGAGAUUGUUUCCCCUGUUUCCGUUGUCGCCGUCUCGACGGUCCUCACGAUUGCGGGAUGGGCGGUGUGGGAUCGUGCGGUUACUUCUCGGGACGAUCUCGCUGCUGGAGGGGGAGGGGGCGGUGGAGGAGGAUCGGCGACAGCAUUAAACCAUAAAGGCCUAGGACUAGAUUUCUCGAGCGAGCAGCGGUCGUCCUUCAACAGCGGCAGCUACUUUCCGCCAUUCGACUCCGCUGUGUACCCAAGCUCCUCACCGACCACCCCGCGUCCGCCUACUCCUCCUCCGCCGCCGGCCUACCAGCCCGCCAACACCUCCCUGCGCAAAUCGCGCAUAAUCAGCACCUUCAAAUCCGCGCUCCUAAUCUACUUCACUUUGCUCGGUCUCUCGCCCAUCCUGCGCUCGCUAACCAAAGGCGUAACAUCGGACAGCAUCUGGGCGAUCGCGACGUGGCUAUUCAUGGCAAACUUCCUCAGCUUCGACUAUAGCAGCAGUGUGGAGCGGAACUUUCCCGCGUCGUUCUCGACGAACGCGGCCAUCACCAGCAGCGUCGUGCUCGCGUCGCGUUUGACGGACACCAGCCACGUGUUCUCGCUCAUGCUCUUCAGCAUCCAGGUUUUCGGCCUGUUUCCGGUCUUUAGGCGCACCCUGAAACAUAUCAGCUGGAACUGGCAUGUGGCCCUGACGGUGGUCUUGGUGUUGGGCGCCGCUGCGGGCCUGUGGUUUGUGGCGGGCUGGGGGUGGGCCCUGGCUUGGGUCCUCGGUGUCAUUGCCGGCAUGGGAGGUUGUGGCUGGUGGAUGAUUGAUCUGCAGAAGUAUAAGAACGAAAUUCAUGGACCAUGGGAUCCUGCAAGACCGGUCAUUCGUAGACAGUGGGCAUAGAAUACCCAGGCAUAGCAUAGACGGGGGUGUUAAUGAUAUCAUACUGUUAUAAGAAAACAUAAUACCACCGAUGACAAGAUGUGUG